AGAAGAUGAAAUUCUUUACGGUAUUAUUCUUUAUCGCUUUCGCGGUCGUCCUAGUUAAUGGACAACGAGGACCUGGUGGACCACGUGGACUAGUUGGAAGACUCAUUGGAGGUCCUGGAGGACUUGGGGGACGCCCACCAUUUGGUGCUGGUGCGCUCCCAGGCGGACCUCAUGGUCCCCGCCCUUGCCAGCCCCGACCUCAACCAUCAUCUUCAUCUGUUGCACCUGAAUCUUCAUCUGCUGCACCUGAAGAGUCAUCUGUUGCACCUGAAGAGUCAUCUGUUGCCCCUGAGGAGUCAUCUGUUGCACCUGAGGAGUCAUCUGUUGCACCUGAAUCUUCAUCUGUCGCAGCUUCAACUGUUGCAUAAAGUUUCAUUGGGAGGGUCAAUCUUUAUAGCCAAAAAUGUUUUUUUAAGUGCCAAAUAAAUUAGAAGUGAAGGAGUUUCAAUAAAA